UUUUGAAAUUUAUAUUUUAAUUUGUUCAGAUCUUGCAAAAUGUCUGAGACGGAACCAGCCGACGAGCUUACCAUACAGAUUAGAACUAAACCAUACAAAAAGGAAGUGAAAAUGAAUAUAAACGGGGUUCAAAUUCCUCAAUCAAAAGUUCAAGACCGGUUUCAAGAUGGAAGAUAUCUAGAGAUUCAACGAACCCUACUUCAAAUAGAGCUCAUUCGUAAGUUUGGAGAUAAGAUGUUUUUACCACCCCUCCACCUUCCAUUCAGAGGAACAUUUCCCCCUCCCAUUUUCCCUUCCCUAUCCUCCCUAUUCCCCAGAUAUCCCCUGGCACCUUCUCCUCCUGAUGAAGCUACCGACUCAUCUGAAAUCCCAGUAACCAUUGAGCAAGUAAAUCUUGGAGAUGAUGCAUUCGAGGGAGAUAUUAAUCAGACCCCUAAAUACAACUGUAAACCUGGCAGAGAGUGUGUUAAUUGUACAGCGACCUCUACCCCUCUAUGGAGAAGGGACGGGGUUGGUAACUACCUGUGUAAUGCUUGUGGAUUAUAUUUCAAGAUGAACGGAACUUCAAGGCCUCUCAUCAAACCAAAAAAUUCACGCGUGAGCACAGCUCGACGGGAGGGGAUAUCUUGUGCAAACUGUUCAACAAGACAGACAAGUUUAUGGAGACGAACACAGGAUGGCGACACUGUUUGCAAUGCCUGCGGGCUUUAUCACAAGCUUCACAAGACGCCCAGACCGAUUGCAAUGAAGAAGGAAGUUAUCCAGACCAGGAAUAGGAAACUUAAUAAGAAAAUGAUGAUCAAGACGGAGUUAUGUGAUGAGGAAGGUAUGAGUGAUAAUGAAUGGAUCAAAUCUUAUAAUUAUGAACGGGAAGGUGAUGAUGAAAUAAGCACUGACAGCCUGGACGAGUCUAGCCCUGGAUAUACAAUUAUCGAAUAUGAUGAUCCAGACGAGAUAGAUGAAGAAGAUUAUGCCAAGGAUCCGCUCGAAAUGGUUGAAGUUGGACUUAGCGCUGAUGACAAUGAUACCAUCGAAGAGCAGCCCAAUGAUGAUCACGAUGAUGGUAUUGAUAGUAUUGAGAUUCCUGAACAUGAAUCCACUCUGGAAGAUUCUGCAGCUAUUGAUGAUGUUGAAGAGAUGAUUGAUCCUCCAGUGAAUAACUGAUCAAAGAAUCAAUAUGAUGUUGCCUCCAUUCUUUAAUUUGUUUAAUUUGAUAAACGAACCAGCGCUUAAUAAAAAUCUAUCGGGAAUUUGAAAAUGA